CGCCUCCCCUUCCCGUCAACCAUGUACGCUUCCAACUUUGCAGUAUCCCGCCAGCAGUCGUAUACGCGCAGCACCGCGCUCGCGUCAGACAUCCCCACAGAACCCGACAUCGGGAGCUCAGGCCCCGAACAAUACGCGACGAGCUACUAUUAUGGACAGCCCACAGGAUUCGCAGGAUCAGGAUCAGCCUGCACCUCCUCCGUCGCCUAUGCCGCCACCGCGCAUGAUUCCCCCUGCAUUCCGACUCUCGAGCCCGGAUUGCACGACUGGAGCGCACAACUCAGUCAACCGUUUGCGGCGUCGUAUGGGGCGGCGUACGCCACCAGCGUUCCCUACGCCUUCAACACCGCUCCUACGCCGGCAUACGUCCAGCCUCAGGCUUCUUCGUACGCGCCUGAUCUCCAGCUCCAAUACCCGUACGAUGACUUCCAUGCGAAUCCCUCGGCAUACGCCGGCCAGCAUUGGGAGUCUCAGGCGCAGCUACCUCCUCCGAUGUCGUCGAUGGCGGAUCUCCCCGCCUCCUCGAAUUCACGGCAUUCGACCGCAACGGCUUAUCACGAGGACGCCGCCUCUUAUAAGGGCGCGGUCGCUGUCGCGAUGUCGUCGUCUAGCCAGCGCCGACCUGCCAUCGCGAGCCCCCUCCCUCGCCCAGCAUAUCGCGCCAUCCCGCCGCCUGCAGCCCACUCCCGCGUCCACACCCCAUCAGACAUGGCCAUACAGUACAGCCGCAAGCCCGCCGCGCUGCCAGUACUUGCGAAGUCGAAGCCAGUAUCGUCUUUGAAGCGUAAGGCGCACGAUGCAGAGCGCGUCAUUGUUCCACCUACGCCUGCUCCCCGCGAGAGGAAGCACGCCUGUACGAUGUGUUACAAGAGGUUCGAUCGCCCCAGCACUCUGAAGAAGCACAUCUUGGUCCAUACUGGCGAGAAAGCUUUCGAAUGCACGCACUGUCAGCGUCGCUUCAGUGUCGCGUCAAACCUCAAUCGUCACAUGAAGAAAUGUAUCUUGAAGCAACAGCAGCCCCUGCCCUACGGGCAGCCGCCGAGCUCCUCGCCGACAGAGGCCCGCGGUGGCGCACUCAUCGGCCGUGCGUCUUCGCACUCGCCGCCUCCUCCCAUCGCUCGCCGUAUCACUGCCGCUGCGAGCAUCUCGCCCCCUCCACCUCCGCCGCCGCCCCCACCGCCUCCUCAUCCCUCGAAGCGCAUCCGUCGCGCGCCCUCCCCGACUCGCUUCGUCCCAGCGUCUCUCCGCGAGUUCAACUUGCAGACGCCCGAGGCUGCCGGCGAGUGCGCCAUGCCCGCCCCUCCUGUGCGUCCUGGCGACGCGAUCCCGCUUCCCGACGCCGAAGAAGAGCUCGUCGACCCCUGCCGCAUCACCGAGGCCAUGUUUGCGCUCCUCUCGCUCCGCUGCGAGGACGACCCGACGCCGCCGCCGUCCGAGUCCGCGCAGCGGAAGCCGAAGCGUCCCGUUCCCGCCCCAUGCGCGCAGCGCGCCGAGGAGCGCGACUCGUACCAGGAGAAUGUCCAUCCGUACCCGUGCUCGCGCGAAGGGUGGGCGAGCAAGCUGCCGGGACCGGCGCUUGGGCUGAUGGGGAAGGGAAUUGGGCAGCUGUAUCGCACGGCGUCGUCGGCGUGGGAUGAGAUGACGAAUGUGUUCAAGGUGAAGCCUCAGGAUGUAACCGAGUCUAAGGCUUGAGAAUGGACUGUCGAUACGGGCUACUUAUCCAUCUUGGUCUGUCUGUUCUUUGUGAUACCCUCUGACUUACUUAGCGUAGCUGGAUAGUGAUGUCUUUAUGAAGUGCUUGGAAUAUAUGGAUCGAAUUCAUGUGA